GCAUGCGCCGCUCCGCAUCGAUUGGGACGCGUCGCGCAGCGCCGCCACCGCGACAACAGUCGCGGGUUCGGCAUUCGAAGUCGGGCGAUCAUCCCGCAGGGUUCCGGCGACUGGCGGCCGCGAGGACAAACCCGCUGUGUUGGAAACGGCCGAGCCAUGGACACGUCGUCUGUGCGCGACUCGACGGACACGACCGACUCGGAGGACCGCAACGGACUGAGCGACGACAGCAGCUGCGACGAGCCCUGCUCGCCUCCCCAGUGCUCGGGCUACGGCCGCGUCUCUUCCUCGACCUCGGGAAGCUCGUCGUCCCACCGUCGGCCGCGGAAGGCCACCCGGCGCAUGUUCACCAACAGGUACGCACACGACCGCGAACGAUGGAGGCAGCAGAACGUGAACGGUGCGUUCGCCGACUUGCGGCGCCUGGUGCCCACCCACCCGCCGGACAAGAAGCUCAGCAAGAACGAAAUCCUGCGCCUGGCCAUCCGCUACAUCCGGCUGCUCAGCUCCAUACUGGACUACCAGCGACGACGAGACCAGCAACUGUGCUGCACGACGACGGCCGCCGCUGGGGGCGCUGGCAACGGCAUACACGCUAGAGACGCCAACCUGCUCCUGCUGUGCUCUGUGCGCGUGAAGCAGGAGCCGCCGGAUGACACGGCGAACGGACCCACGCCUCCCAGUUCGCCGGCCUCGAGUCUGAGCAGCAUGGCCGAACCGUGAAUAGGCCUAGCACUUACCGGAGAAAGAAUGCGUGUGCGGAUUGUUGUACCGACAUUGUGGUACUAGUGUCAAAGACAUUUGUAUAUAAAUAUCUACAGUGCAUCGCGACAAACUGCUGCGCCUUCAAUUCUCGAUUCCUAAUUGUGUUCAUGCGUACGCGCAGUAAAUUGAGCCGGCCUCGCGAAUGCUUCCAAGGUGAUCCUCCCAUCUUUAGUCUGAAGUUGGUUGGUCCGUUCACACAGCCAUUCACAAGCCCUCGCUCUGAGGUUUGCCAGCAUAAUAUUGACCAUUAGAGCAGUGGUUCUCAAAUGGGGUUCCGUGAAGCAGUCCUAGAGGUAGUGCGACGCCCUCGCCAGCAAUUUUUUUUUAGGCGAGUUUAGACGUAUUGUCAAUUCCAGGUCUUGCUCCAGGAAGUGCAGCAACAUUCUUAACAAGCUCGCCUCGACUUCCCCAACGCUUCAGUUAACAACUAAGCCUGCUGCAUGCCGCACAUCAGCCGUAAUAGCACUGUAUUUCCUUCACCUGCUCUUUCUUUCUUUCAAUAACAACUGUAACAACUGACGCUUGUGCGGAAACGUCCUAAAUACAGUAGAGGCGUCAUUUCAUGCCAACUAGUUGGCUGUCACCUUAUUCAUAGCCUCCUCUCUCUCCCUUUCUCUCCACCUUCUUUUACUCACACAAAUGGGUCCGCAAUCAUUUCGACCUGUCACAAGGUGUCCCUUACAUAACGACGGCUGAGAGGCACUGUAAUAGAGCGUAGAUAACGUAUUCCUUCCCCCUGCACCCUGCCCCCACCCAUAGAAAAAGAACGAAAGGAAAGGGCUGCCAGCGUGACUAUAGCCUCAUUCGUGAGCUUAUACAGACGGAUCCACAGCAAUAUUACGCUUUAUUGUAUGAGCGCAUUAUCACGGCUAUUAAUAACGUGUUUUGAUGUGAUGUCUUCAGUGCAAUACACCCUUCAGUGCAGUUCUUCAGUUGCGAAUGGAUUGAAGCAGCAAACGCUACGCCAAGGCUGGCUUCUCCUAAGUGUUAGACGCGUGGAGAGAAGGCCACUUUCACAAUGUCCUACGUUUAACCUUCGUGGCAUUAUUCACGGUAUACGGUCUCUUAUACUUCACGGAAAGCAAAAAAAAAAAAGCGAAAUGAACAAAUACACUGACCACACAAUGUCGAAAUUGUGACAUAACAGCUCUGAGACUGGUACUCAAAGGGAUCGCACAUAGCGACAGCUCGCAACGUGCUUUUUUAAGGAGGUUCAAAUAAACGGCGACGCAUCGCGAAACAUUCUCCAGCCCGAAAUCAUCUCUCGAUAACUGCAGCACACAGUCAGCCAUCACUGAGCCAAUCACGUUACAGAACGCGCCUAAGAGCCGCUGCUCGUAAAUGAGACAGGUCUAAAUGUUCACGAGUCUGUCGCUUUUGAAGCCGAGUUCCUCGGUUGCUGCAAUGAACUUCAUUAAUUUUUCUUUUCGUGUUUACACCUGAGCUCUGAAGAUAUUUAGAGACGCUAGCUGUGUCACAUGAGUUAUACACGGGGCUGUACCCAGGACUUUUAUUCGGAGAGUGUUUAUGUGUAGAACGGCACACUUUGGCAACUUCUGGUCCAUGUAAAGGCGUCUAAAUAGCUCAGUAUCACCCUCAAAAAGUUUACAAACAUGAAAAAAAUAUCAAGGGGUGUCAGAACACCCUCAACUUUGCGUGCAUAUAGUUACGGAUACCGGGUAUAAAUACAGUCACUGUUGAGCAUGUCAAUUUACGCUUAAGGCCUAACAUUCAGUACGUAUGUACUAUCAGCGUCAAAUGAAACCCGAACAGAGGCAAGCCUCCGCGAUGGUAUAGCGACGCCGUCCACUUAUCACCAUGGGCAGGCACAGAUGUACGCGCGGAGCAGCCAAACAGGAUGCACGCGCCUGCCCAUGGACGACAUCUUUAUACCAUCGCGGAUCCUUUGCCGCUGUUCUUUCGCAAGUGGUGCCCCGACCUCAGACUCCUGUGACCGUGUUUCCAUCUUUCCUAUCUCUCCUAUCCCCUCAUAUGUCCUCGCUCGCUGUCCCAGCGCAUCUCUCUUUUUUCUCUCUCUACACCUUUAUUCCUAUCCUUUUAAUCCCUCCUCACCCCCAUCCCUUGUGAGCUGCUGUUGAGGUGUCGCACCUCGAUGCAGACAGAUACGGGGCUCACUUUUCUCUUCUUUUCCCUCUUAUAACCACUUCUCCGUCAUUUGACGCUGAUUGUACAUAAGAUUUAAAUGCGUAAUGUGCUGCCAGAGGAACGCUUCAACGAAAAAUAUGUUAUUUGUUUCUGCGAAAUAAAAAGAGAGAUAU